AUGGUUGUCUUGAGCAAAGUUGCUGCCGUUGCAGUCGGCCUCUCCACGGUCGCCUCUGCGUUACCCACGGGUCCCUCUCAUUCCCCCCAUGCUCGCCGGGGAUUCACCAUCAACCAGAUCACCAGACAGACUGCUCGCGUCGGCCCUAAGACCGCCAGCUUCCCCGCGAUCUACAGCAGGGCCCUUGCUAAGUAUGGUGGGGCUGUGCCUGCACACAUCAAGAGCGCUGUUGCCUCGGGUAGCGGUACUGUCGUGACUUCUCCCGAGCCCAACGACAUUGAGUACUUGACUCCUGUCAACAUCGGUGGUACGACUCUGAACCUCGACUUCGACACUGGCUCUGCCGAUCUCUGGGUCUUCUCCGAGGAGCUCCCCAAGUCCGAGCAGACCGGCCACGAUGUCUACAAGCCUUCCGGCAAUUCCUCCAAGCUCGAGGGUGCUAGCUGGGACAUCAGCUAUGGUGACGGCAGCAGUGCCAGCGGCGAUGUCUAUCAGGAUACCGUCACCGUUGGUGGCGUCACUGCCCAGGGCCAGGCCGUCGAGGCUGCCAGCAAGAUCAGCGAGCAGUUCGUUGAGGACAAGAACAACGACGGCCUGCUGGGUCUCGCUUUCAGCUCGAUCAACACUGUUAAGCCCAAGCCCCAGACUACAUUCUUCGACACUGUCAAGAGCCAGCUGGACUCUCCCCUGUUCGCUGUGACCCUGAAGUACCAUGCUCCUGGCUCCUAUGACUUUGGCUUCAUCGACAAGCAGAAGUUCACUGGUGAACUCGCCUAUGCCGAUGUGGACUCCUCCCAGGGCUUCUGGCAGUUCACUGCUGACGGUUACUCUGUCGGAAAGGGCGACGCCCAGCAGGCCCCCAUCACCGGUAUUGCUGACACCGGCACCACCCUCGUCAUGCUCGAUGACGAGAUCGUCGACGCCUACUACAAGCAGGUUCAGGGCGCCAAGAACGACGCAUCCGCUGGAGGCUACGUCUUCCCUUGCGAAACUGAGCUCCCCGAGUUCACCGUCGUGAUCGGCUCCUACAACGCUGUCAUCCCCGGCAAGCAUAUCAACUACGCCCCUCUCCAGGAGGGCAGCUCCACCUGCGUUGGCGGUAUCCAGAGCAACUCAGGUCUCGGCCUCUCCAUCCUGGGUGAUGUCUUCCUGAAGAGCCAGUACGUCGUCUUCGACUCCCAAGGGCCCAGACUCGGCUUCGCUGCCCAGGCUUAA